GUGAAGUGUAUAUUGCCGAUGUAAAUAUUAUCACGCUGUUGUGUAUUCAAUUAAAGGAUAGUGUGCUAGACAGAUCACAUGUAUUACACACAGACUAUGUACCCUUGGAAUUGGACCGAGGGGCUGUCUAGGGUGGCAUUUAGCCCCCGAUCGUCAUCCACAAGUUCACAGGAGGCUGAUUCAUUGGAAGGAGAAACGUCUGGAGUUAUUAAAACUGAUCAUAAUAAACGUGGCCGACCAAGGGCGGAGAAGAUCUCAUCUCUAAUAUUGGAGGGUGCUCUGUCGGCAAAUGGAAUUAGAUGUAGGGUGUGCUCGCGGGUUUUCCCGAGGGAGAAAUCUUUACAGGCUCACAUGCGCACACAUACAGGAGAGCGUCCGUACUUGUGUGAUUUCCCGGGCUGUGGAAAGUCCUUCUGUCAGAGUGGGCAACUGAAAACACAUCAGCGUCUCCACACGGGAGAAAAACCAUUUGCUUGUUCUAUAGAAGGAUGCCCGAGCCGAUUCACGCACGCCAACAGACACUGUACGGAACACCCGUACGCAAGUUUACGGCGUAUUUCCACACAAGAGCAAAUCAGAGACAGACUUGGCGUUUUGAAAUCGUCUGCUAACCAGUCUGUCACAGAAUGGCUUACAAGACACUGCAUGCAGAGAGACGAUAUUGCCGUGGCCCCAACACAACCGGAAAAGAAGUUGAAACGUGAAUCUUCAAUAUUGCCACCAGCCACCCCAGUUGUUCAAGUCCAUCAUAUUGAAGUUACACCAAGAACAUCGACAGAUUUACCAACUCGUUCCAUGUCGCUCACAACCCCCCGCUCGCUCACAACAGAAACCACGUAUUCGCCGCUGAUUGUCGCACCACGUUCACCACUCACAGCAACAACAUCGAUGAACAUUACAUCCACAUCUUAUUCAGCGUUUUCAUCAGCGUCCACAUUAUCAUCAUCAACAUCAGUUUUAGCAUUGCCGUCUGUAGCCGCAUCCUCCACAACAACUUCGUUAUUACCAGCAGUUUCAUCGUCUGUUUCAAAUACUUCAUGUGCAAUUACAAAUGACAAAAACAGCGUGUCAACUGGAACUAUUCCAUCCAAAUUUGUGAGCAGAUCUUCGAUGGGUCAUCGGCCUUUCAAGAAAGAGGCGACAGACAAAUGGGUGUCAGCUCUAGCACUACUUGAGCUUGCUCAGGGAAGUUCUUAAAUUUUUGUAUGCAAGCAAGUUUAUUGUUACUGCAAGACUUUUUUCUAACUCAGUUUUACAAAACAACUCUCCAAUAAUAAUUUUUGUUAUUUACAGCAAAGAAAAGCAAUACAAAAUUAUGUGUAGAGAAUAUCAGGUUAAUUGUUCAUGUUAAUGAAGAAACUUAUAUAUGAAAAAUAUGACAGAACAAACAUAGGGUUGGGAGCCAGUCUAUUCAUACUGUCAAUCCUGUUAAUUCAAAUAGCUCACUUGUUCACAAUUUUGUUCCUUACACAUUCAAAAGCUCUUACUUUCCUUGACUUUUUGAGCAUCCAAACACUGUAUGAAAAAUCAAACAUUUUAGUAGUAACAAGUUACAUUUGGGUGUUAACAAUUAAAACUUAGCGUUUACAUAUUUUUAAAAGUUGAAUGUUGGUCAGUAAACAAAUUUUUCAAUGUUGAUGUUGUUUUGAAAUUGGAACUUUGACAUAUCGGAAAUAUGCAGUAAGGUAUACAUUGUAUACACAUAUACAGUAAAACUGACUGGUCUAAGUCACAAGGGGAGUAGCAAAGUUCAUGAUUCACCCAGGGUUUUGAAUGACCAAAACAACCAGAUUAUAUAAGAGUUAGUCCAGGUGCACAAUUUAACUUCAACAAAAUCAUUUCACUUAAGGUAGUAAACUAUUGAAGACAAUCACCGAUUUCCGUUCAGUUCUGUUUUCUUCCUGUACAAUUUUGGCAUUCUGCCUUAAUAGUACUGAAAGGGAAGUGCUGAUAGGUGCCUAGUCUGCAUACAAUAGUAAUAACUAUGUGGAAAUUGAUGACUGUUAUUAUGUGUCGGAUUCACAUCAUUAUCAUGCCAUUUCUAAUUACAAUUGAUUAGCAUUUUUAGCUCGACUAUUCAUAGAAUAGUAGAGCUAUUGGACUCGCCCAUGCGUCGGCGUCCGCGUCCGCGUCCCGAUUUGGUUAAGUUUUUGUAUGUAAGCUGGUAUCUCAGCAACCACUUGUGGGAAUGGAAUGAAACUUCACACACUUAUUUACUGUGAUAAACUGACUUACAUUGCACAGGUUCCAUAACUCUGUUUUGCUUUUUCACAAAAUUAUGCCCCUUUUUCGACUUAGAUAUUUUUGGUUAAGGUUUUGUAUGUAAGCUGGUAUCUCAGUAACCACUUGUGGGAAUGGAUUGAAACUUCACACACUUAUUUACUGUGAUAAACUGACUUACAUUGCACAGGUUCCAUAACUCUGUUUUGCUUUUUCACAAAAUUAUGCCCCUUUUUCGACUUAGAUAUUUUUGGUAAAGGUUUUGUAUGUAAGCUGGUAUCUCAGUACUCACUAAUGGGAAUGGAUUGAAACUUCACACACUUGUUCACUGUCAUGAUCUGACAUGCACAAAGCAGGUCCCAUAACUUUAUUUUGCUUUUUUACAAAAUUAUGCCCCUUUUUCAACAUAGAAAUUUUUGGUUAAGUUUUUGUAUGUAAGCUGGUAUCUCAGUAUCCACUAAUGGGAAUGGAUUGAAACUUAACACACUAGUUCACUGUCAUGAUAUGACAUGCAGUGCAAAGGGUCAAUAACUCAACUUCGCAUUUUACAAAAUUAUGCCCCUUUUUCAACUUAGGAUUUUUGGGUUAAAUUCUUAUAUGUAAGCUAGUAUCUCAGUACCCACUAAUGGGAAUGGAUUGAAACUUCAUACCUUGUUCACUAUCAUGAGCUGAUAAGCAUUAUGCAGGUUCCAUAACCCUAUUUUACUUUUUUACUAAAUUAUGCCCCUUUUUCGACUUCCGUAUUCAUUCAAGCGACAAGGCUGUUGAAUAGUUGAGCGUUGCUGUCCUCCGACAGCUCUUGUUUUAUUCUUUGUAAAAGCAUUUCCCCCCAAUUAUUCAAACUGUGUUCAAAUUAUGCAUUUUUUUCUAUGCAAUGGUUGCCAUAGUGAUUCUAAUACAACUUUUUUCAUUUUUUACUUGAUAUUUUUUAUUGCUGAAAUUUUUCCAUGUGUUCAAAAGCUUUAAUAAUUCAUAUCAAAAUGAGAUUUGUCCAUGUUUGUGAUUUUUUUUCACGUGUAGUGCAUUUUUUAUACAACUAGUAUGAUGCCAGCCAUUAUUUUAUAGGUGCAAAAUCAUCAAGUUCCAACCAAGAAAAAAAUUAAUUUUGUAUUAAAGAGUUUAAAGCUCUUUGUCACAAAUUUUAGGUAGUUAAUGAAUAAUUUUGAAAAGAGUAUAAGAUUCUUUCACUGGUUGUAGGUGCAGAUUGGAAUUUCCGGCCUUGAGGGUAACUGUUUAGGCGGUAACGAGGCUCCAGCAGAGUUACUGCCUAAACAGUUACCUGAGAGCCGGAAAUUCCCAUCUGCACCUAUAACCAGUGAUAGGAUCUUUUUCUUGCAUACGAUUUCAAAAAAUAAUAAUGAUAAUAAAAUCAAUUGAACGGUUUUCUUUUUAGAACUUUUUCUUAUAGCAGCGUAUUUAAAUAAAGCGCGGGAAACCAACGUCCGUAAACAGGAAAGACGUCAUGACGAUCAAACACAAUUAACAAUGUUUAGUUCCAGUUUUGUUUUAUCAGUUGCAGCGUAACGUUAUGAAUUUUUGACAAAAUAACGUGUUUUUGAAUAGAGAAAUCUACUAUCAGGAACAAAGAGAAACUGUCAAGGUAUUGGAUUUUUAUUCCGUUUUUUUUUUAAAUAAAAUAUAAAUUACUACAUAAAUCUUCUGCAUAUAUGUAGUUCGUAACACGUCAUUUACAGCACGAUAGUAAUCUUACACCUCAGGGUGUAAGAUGGAUUUUUCCAGCACCAGUAAAAAUACUGGAUAUCCCCGUCUGGUAAGCAAGAAAAUAUUUUAUCCUAUGUUCCUUUUGUUUAAAAUUUCAAACUUUUGAUAAAACUUGUUAACAAAGUGCUUGUAAAAAUUGAUGUUAUUAAUCGUAGUAUAGGAUUUUGUUGCUCAAUUUGUUACUUCUAAAUCUCUAAACAACAUAAAUAUUAGGUGUAACAGUACACUAGGUAUUAUAUAAAAAGCAUUCAGAUGAUCAGUGACACUGUCUGCUGUGCAGUUUGUAAGAUAUAGAACUAAACAUGCCUUCUGAUAUUACUAGGUAGGAAAAGUUUUGAAGGAAAGAAAUUAAAAUGUUCUGUUUAUUGAUCAGUGCAUUGUAAAUCAAACAUUUCUUUCACUGCCAUUUUCUGUUUAUUGGUACUUCUUUGAAAUCUUUUAAUUUCAUGGGCAUGAAUUUUUGAAGUUUUGGCAAAAAUGGCUAUUUUAUGGGGGUAUGAAUUGGUGGAUUUCAACUUUUGAACAUGAAAUUAUUUACUUGUUUGUUUUGAUUAAUAUUUGUGGAUUGACUUGACCAUGAAAUCCAUGAAAAUUAGUGCCCCGUGAAUAUUAAUGGUUUCACAGUAACAAUUUAAUAGAGUUUUACUGUAUUUUUUUAUAGUUUCCGUCCACUUACACUUGCUUAUUGUAAAUUUGUUAUAUACAUUCGUGUUAUGCAUACUAUGAUAUUGUGAAAUUAUUAUUGCUUACAGGGGACUACUUUUCUAGGAUUUCGACAGUCGUUAGUAGCUGAUUUCAGCUUUAAAAUUUAUAACUACAAGUACCAGUUAUGGCCAUAUAUGAUAGUAGUUAUGGUCGAAACAACGAAAACUGUAUGCUCAUGAAAUUAAAUUUUGUUGUAGUUCUGAUCAAGAACUGUGCAAGUAUAUUAUAUUGUUGUAAUGCUAUGCAAGGUUACUUUUUGUAAAGAAUGCAUCUGUUUGAACAUUAAUCAGAAAAAGUUGUGUCUGUAAAGUGUAGCGAAAUACAUAUCUGUUUUAAGCACAGUAUCUACUGUUACAUACAACAGUUCAUUUCUGACUUGUACAGUGACAUGGAAGCAUUUUUAUUGUUGUCAAUUUUCAUGGGUUUAUGUAAAACAUACCUUUAAAUAACUUUUGCAAUCGAACCUUUUCGUUUUACAUGUGAUAAAUCAUUAUGCAGAAAUUACAUUUCAAAUGGCAUUUGUCAAACAAGGCAUACAACAGAAGUAGUGUCUAAUAUCUAAAACUACCGUUGAAAGGCUUAAUGUUGAAAAUUGAUUCAAAGCCCCAGGAAAUCUGACUGGAUUAUUUGCGAACAUGACUGUGUAAUGUUGUUCAAGUCCAACAAAUUCUGUAAUCUGUUUGCUUAAAUGGAAAGUUGUGUAAAUUUGAUGUUGAGUUUAUUUUAGAAGUUUAUUAUUAAAAUCAUCUGAAACUUAA